CAUCGCUACAGUAGGACGGAGAACGUCAGGACUCAAUUUCAUCAUAUUGCUAUUCCAACUGUAGUGGAGAAUUGCCUACUAUGAACUGAAACUCUUCCUAAAAUCAAAAACAAGUAGAUCCUAGUGAAGUGACGCAUAAGCCAGUAGAUUCCAGUGUCGAGUUGUAAUUUUUUGCACCUCAAUGUAGCUAGAGGAAAUGGCUGUGGAAAGCAUGACUGUCCAUCCAAACUCCCCAACUACCAACCACGAACACAACAGUCUCCUGACUGACGAAAGGCCAGAGGAUGGAGAGCUGGAGGAAGGCGAGCUGGAAGAUGAUGGGGGAGAAGUGGAGGAGGAGGAGAUGGGUGGAGGUGCGUCUGCAGCAGGAGGAGGCGGAGAUGGGGGCGACGAAGCAGGCGGAGGAGGUGAGGCAGGAGGUGAAGGGGCCGGAGAGCGUCCUCAGCGAAGUCGGGAGCGCCACGCCAGCAGUGAUUCUGACGACGAGAGAUCACACCGCCGGAAGAGGAAGAGGAAGAAAGACAGGGAGCGAGAACGGGAGAAGAGGAGGGCCAAGAAGAAACGCAAAUCCAAACACAAACGUCAUGCGUCCUCUGAUGACGACCACUCAGACUUCAGUGAUGACUCUGACUACAGUCCCAGUGAGAAGAGGAAGUAUAGAGAGUACAGUCCUCAGUACCCCCCUGCUUCUCAUGGAGGCUACGGCGGCUCAAAGAAGGGCAGCUACAUGAAGAUGGACAAGCAGGGCUAUGGAGGCUACGAUGACUAUGAGGAAGACAACUAUGAGGGAGAGGAAGACGAGGACAUGGGGGAUGAAGACUAUGACGACUUCACCAAGGAGCUCAACCAGUACCGCAAGGCCAAGGAGGGAGGAGGAGGCCGCGGUGGACGAGGGGGCAGAGGUCGCAUGAAAAGCCAGAGAGGCCGUGGAGGAAUGAGGGGAGGGAGGAGGGGUCGAGGAGGCAGAGGAAGAGGUGGACGAGGUGGAGGAGUAAAGAUGGGAGGAGACAAUGACGAUGGCGAUGGAUAUGGAGACGACAUGGAGUAUGUAGAGGACGAUUAUGACAACAUGGGGGAUGAUGACUACGACGACUACUCAAAAGAACUCAAUCAGUACAAGAAGUGCAAAGACAGAGGCAGAGGAGGUAAAGGAGGCCGCGGGCGAGGCAGAGGUAAAGGAGGGCGGGGUAUGAUCAGAGGAGGAAAGGGUCGAAACAGAGGGAGAGGAAGAGGUGACAUGGGAAAUGAUGAUGACAACAACGGAGACAUGGACAAUGGGGAUGGAGGUGAUGGACCAGGACUAGGGAGGAGGAAUCAGAAUGAAAAACAUCAGGAUAAGAAAGGAAAGGCCAUCUGCAAGUACUACAUCGAGGGGAGAUGCACCUGGGGGGACCACUGCAACUUCAGCCAUGACAUUGAGCUGCCGAAGAAGAAGGAGCUGUGCAAGUUCUACAUAACUGGAUUCUGUGCCCGGGCCGACCACUGCCCUUACAUGCAUGGUGAAUUCCCCUGCAAGCUGUUCCACACCACGGGCAACUGCGUCAAUGGUGACGAGUGUAUGUUCUCACAUGAGGCCCUCAAUGACGACACUCAGGAGCUGCUCAACAAGAUGCUGGCAGAGGAUGCAGAGGCUGGGGCUGAGGAUGAGAAGGAGGUGGAGGAACUAAAGAAGCAGGGGAUCAACCCUCUUCCCAAACCCCCUCCUGGAGUUGGCCUCCUCCCCACCCCUCCUCGGCCUGUUCCUGUAGACGCCAACACAGGGGCUGGGGACUUUGGUGGCCCUGUGGCAGGUGACUUUGGGGGUCUUCCUGGACCUAACCAGGGGCCCAUUUCCAACAAAGGACCGCCAGGACCAGGGCCUGUUCCUGGGCCUAAUCCUUGUGCUGGUCCCCUUGUCCAUGGCCCUGAUGGAAGUCCCUUCCAAGGCGGGCCCCCAAAUCCUAACUGCCCUCCUCCCCACAUGGGGCCCCCACCUCCUUGUGCUGGAGGAGGAGGAGGUGCAGGGAAGAAAAUCCCCUCGUUGUUUGAGAUUAAAGUUCAGCCAACGGGACAGCUGGCUCAGAAACUGGCUGUCAGGAGCCAGACUCCCAGCGGCAACCAGGGUCAGACUGCAGCACCUGGACCUCCAGGGGCCCCUGGAGCGACCCCUACCCGCUUCCCUGCCCCUCCAGGCAUGAUGUCCCCUGACAUGCAGAACAUGGGCCCCAACCUUGGGAUGAACCAGGGGCCGCCCAAUAUGGGGCCUGGCGGACCACCCAUGAUGGGAGGAUUCGCAUCUGGCGACGGACCCCCACAUGGAGGUCCUAUGCCCCCAGGUCCUAACCAGGGUGGAGGGAACUUCUUCAAUAACUUCUUCAAUCAACAGGAGGGAAUGAACAUGGAGGGAGUGGUACAAGAAGGUGACAACUAUCAGGGUUUUGCUGGCAUGGACGAGAGAGGAGGAGGAGCAGGGAAAUUUGGUAACCAGUCAGGUGGUCAAGACAGCUCUGCUAAUGGAGCGUCAGCCAAUCAGGGAGGGAUUUCUGUUCCUGACUUCCUGCCUCCAGCACAACGUGUCCUGUUCAUGAGGAUCCAGCAGAAGCAGCAGGAGGAAGAGGAAAGAGCACGCAGGAUGGCCGAGGGAGGAGCAGAGAAGACUAGAGACACUGAAGGUGAUUCAGGGAACUGGUACUCCAGUGAGGAUGAGGACGGCGGUGGUAGUGUGACCUCAAUCUUGAAGACACUCCGUCAGCAGACGCAGGCUCCUCAAAAAUCUGACGGCCCACCAAGUGACCCUCGCCUGCAGAAGGCCUCCCCCGCCAACCCCCCAGCUCGGCCAGCAGACCCCCGCUUGGCUCGGGACCCACGACUGGCACGUUCUGCAGAGACAGGCCAAAUCCCUGACUCCACCCACUCCAUGCCUGCUCCAUCUUCCUCUGGACCCCCUGCAGACCCCAGGUUAGCCCGACUAGCUGCUUCAGCUGGAUCCACCUCCCACUCACCUCCUGCUACUAAACAAGAACCUCCUCUGGUCUACAAGCCCCCGCCACUUACAACCCCAGCAGCGGAAGAGGAGGAGACGGAGCGGGUUCUGCGGGACAAGCCAGUACCGAUUCCUCUGGACCCGCUCAUGGGCAUGGCUCUGAGAGACCCACGCUCUCAGCUGCAGCAAUUCAGCCACAUCAAGAAGGAUAUUCUUCUCCACAUGCCGGCCUUCUCCAAAACCAUCACCUGGUCACCUGAAGAUCUCCUUCCACUCCCCAUCCCCAAGCAGGACUUCCUGCCCCUCCCACCAGGCAUCCCUCCUGUGUCCACUCUAGACCCACGUCUGUCGCGCACUCAGCAGCAGCACCACGCGCCGCUCCCUCACUCACAGCCUCCUCCUGUACAGUCUCCUCCCUCCUUGGACGCACCUGCUCCCUCCUCCUCCAGCUCCUCCCUCCCAGACUUUGAGCUUCUGUCUCGUAUCUUGAAAACUGUCAACUCCAGCCCGUCCCAGACACCCUCCCCUCCUCUGUUGCCCACCCCUGCUGCCCCUAUGUCACUUCUGGGUCCACCUCCCGCAAUGCCUCCUGCACCUACAGAAAAGCCUGCUGACCCCCGGAUGGCCCGUAAAGUCCCCACAGACCCCCGUCUCCAGCCACAGAAGUCAGCAAUGAAGCAGCCAUCAGAUCCAGCGCCUCCUCCUGUCCCCUCUACAUCUCCAGCAACAACAUCUAGCUCCCCCCCACCUACCAUCGCCCCUUAUGACCCAAGGCUGCUCUCCUCAGGUGGAGCAGGGCGUGGUGUGGGGGCUGGGGCACCAGGGGGAGCCAGUGUGCUGAGCAGCAUCAGUCUGUAUGACCCUCGGACUAACAAACCAGGCAGCCCUGGUACCAGCGGUGGCUCUAACAACUCCCCCAACUCAGCAAGCACAGAGUCCAAACCCAGUGAACCCACGACGGGUAAAGCCAAGUCCAAGGAGCCCCUGUUUGUCCGGAAGUCUGCGUUGGACCAACCAGAGCCAGAGAAAAGUGGAGAGCAAGGGACCGAUCGAUACAACAGCUAUAACAGGCCCCGACCCAAGCCUGCACCCUCGCCUAACUCCACGGCCCAGGGAGGGCCUGCUGCAGCCGGGGCAGCUGCAGCUGGAGGUCAGGGUGCUCCUGGAGCCGCUCCAGACCAGGGGCCUGCAGGCGUUCACAACCUGCCAGUGUCAUCGCUAUUUGGCGUGGUGAAGCAGGCGACCAAGCCUGGUGGGACAAGUAGUCCUUUUGGAGGAAACAGCCCGGCGCAGCCUGACCAGGCGGCCACAGAGCAAGACAACGCCUCACUGAAGGACGUUUUCAAAGGCUUUGACCCCACAGCCUCACCCUUCUGCCAGUGACCCACUGACCUGGAACCAUACAGCCCUUCAUGUGGUUGGCCGUUGGCUUGUUUUAACAUUUUUGGACACUGAGCAGAUAAGUGAAAAGGAGAGAGAGACGCGCACUGAGGCAACUGCCCGUAAGACUGGUUAAGACAAACUCUGUGAACAAACUGAUGCAACGCAACAUGUUUUAUGCACACACAGACAUCCUCUACAGCAGUGUUGCAGAUUCAGAUUCUAUAAAAGACUCUUGGGUUAUGGGAAGGGUUUAAAACUAAAUCUCAAAAUUUCUAUUUUAAACAAAGUUAUUGAUGUAUAAAUAAAUAUAUUCUCGUCAUCUCAGUGCUUAAUGAAAAAAGUUAUUCAGACAGCAGCAAAAACAUAUUUGUAUCACAUUUUGUUUCAUUAUUUUUUGCAUUUCAGAUCCUCAGCUCUGUGUUUUUUUUGGAAACCUUCUCAUCUAUAAACUGUUUGAUGUGCUCGUCUAUAUUUUUGGCCAGUUAAAGUUGGCAGUUCUCUUGGCAACAGAAUGGACAAUUUUUUUCUCAAAUCUUCACAAAAAAUAUUGCGCAUUUGUGAUAUUUUUGUGAUGAAAAACAGCACUGAGGCAACUCCUUUAGCACUGUUGCCGAACCAUAUUUCCCUCUGUGUCACAGCAUUCAAAGUCGUGUUUAUUCCUUUUAGAAACUGUCGAGUUUUGUCAAACAAAAGCUUAUGUUUUGUCAUUGAGCCACUGUGUCACAUUUUCUGCAGAAACACUUGCAAAUACCCACACUUAAAUCUAUAUUUUGCUUGAUUUGUUUUUAGUAUUUAUUUUUCUACUUCUUUGCACUGUCAAUUUGUGUCCUCUGAGGGUUGUUAUUAAUAUGUGGCUCCUCCAGCUGGUUAUAUACGGUUUCAUUUCAGGUAUUUAGCUCUUACCCAAAACAGGUAACUCUGCUGUUACAGGAAGUGACCUGUGACCUUUUAGUACCGCCUCUCUACACCACUACACCACUGCUGUUCCUUUUCCCCACUAACUUAUAUAUUCCCUUUAGCGGUCUUGUUGCUAAAAGGAGAAAAGGCUUUCAAGUGAACAUUUUGUUUUAUCAGUCUGUGAAAGUGGAGAGCGUCCAGUUCAUAAGUAACAGCUUCUGUAGCUUUAAGGUAUCAGACAUUUGCUGCUCCGACUGAUUAUAAACGCAUCACCACGUCCCUCUCCAGUGGCACAUUGUAGCUAUAGCUGACGGUUAGCCAUAGCAUCAGUGGUGUUGCAGAGACAUUUAACAAGUUUGUGUUUUGUUUUUUUUCUCUGCUGAAAAGACAGUGUUGCCCAAAGGUUCAGUGUGUAAUUGGACAGCCCUGGUCAACAUCAAUCUGUUUUCCCACCGUGAUUCACUGAUUCAGAAUAGAAAUCCUACAGGAUGUGACUGCAGAUUUCUGAGGAUGGAAAAAAAAUUGCAGCCUUACAGCAUCAAUUUCCAGUGUAGUGGUUGGUGGCAGUGUGACAAUCAUAAACUAGACUUGGACCUAAUUUCAGUCAAUGCAUAAAUGUUGCAUUGAUCUGUGCAGGUGCUCCGUCUACUGUCAGUCUGAGCUCUGCGUAAAGAGAACAUGAAUUGUGUUAAAAAAGAAACAUUCAACACAAACUGAACAUGUUUCUCUCUCUCACAGUAGAGGAAGUGCACACUUCAUGGUGGACAUGUUGUUAGGAUGAGUUUUUUUUUAAAUUUUCUCUCCAGAACAUCCCUGACUAGUUUCCACCUUACACCAUAAACAGUUGAAGUCAGAAGUGAGUGCAGCAUCUGAACCGGGGUGAGGGUGAAGUAUUCUUUCCCGUUUUGCCUGAUAAGCUAGAGAUUUCAUCUCCAGGCUUGUUUGAGAAUCUUUAAAUGUGGGGUCACUAUCAUGGAGCUGAUAAAGGUUUUUGACCUCCAGAAGGUUAAGAUUAUACAACAGCUGUCAGGUUCAUUGUUGGCUCUCUUUGUGUAUAAAUGUUGAUCAUUUUAAUUUAUUUUUUAUACUUGGGGUAAAUAUACUUCCUCACUUGUCAUUUUUGAACUGAAUCGUUUUAUAUGUCCUGAAUAUGAAAGUACCACUCACCUCAGUGGGAUGCAGGCAACCUGUGACAGUGUGAAGAGGAGAAAGACAUAUUUUUUUAUUUGGUUUUGUGUAAAAAGACUCAACUAACAAAAGAUUCACUAUUUGCUCCCUCCUGCCAGGCCUUCAGUAACCCUGUUAGGAGUGUCAGCUAUAGCAAGUGUGAAAGUUAAUCUUUAUUUGUUCCUUUAUGGCUUUGUUGUUUUGUAAAUUUGUUUCAUGGUUUAUUUUUCUCUUGCUAUGUAAAUUUGACCAGUAUCCCGUCUUUGGAGGAGUGGAGUUUUCUAACUGUACACUGUAGGUGAGGUUGUCAAAGUAUUUAAAUAAAGUUGAUACAUGAUCAAUUA